CACACCAGUCAUCACGUUACCGCGAUCCACGAUCCAAGUCUUGACUGGAAUUUGUACCUUCCCGUCAACACCAAUACACUCCACCCACAUCCACCAUGUCUUACAACAAGCCUGAGAAGGACUUCGGCGAGGGCCCCAAGAUCCACAAGAUCCGCAUCACCCUCACCUCGCGCAACGUCAAGUCGCUCGAGAAGGUGUGCCAGGAGCUCAUCGACCGUGCCAAGAACAAGGAGCUCCGCGUCAAGGGCCCCGUCCGCCUGCCCACCAAGAACCUCAAGAUCACCACCCGUAAGACACCUAACGGUGAGGGUUCCAAGACCUGGGAUAUGUAUGAGAUGCGCAUCCACAAGCGUCUCAUCGAUCUCCACGCGCCUACCGAGGUCGUCAAGCAGAUCAUCAUCAACAUCGAGGCUGGUGUUGAGGUCGAGGUCACCAUUGCCGCAUAAGGGCAGACUGGGACAUGUGGGGGAGAAUGGGCUUGGACAGACAUGUGGUUACGAAUGGG